AUGCUGCAGCCGCGGGACUUUAUCAACAGCCACCAGCUGAAGGUCUGCAUGGCCCUCAUGGUGCUCGGGCUGCUCGUGAGAAGCCCGAAGCUCGAUGCCGUGGCCAUCCGCACCGACGUCGAUGCAAACGCAGCGCCCAUCUUCCCCACGCUCUUCACCACGAUCGCGUGCGGCUCGGUCAGCGGCUUCCACAGCCUGGUGGCCAGCGGGGUCACGUCCAAGCAGCUGGACAAGAUGCGCGACGCGAGGCCAAUCGGCUAUACCGCGAUGCUCGGGGAGUCUGCAUUGGCGGCGCUGGUCAUCGUGGCUUGCUGUUCAUCGGGGACUUGGGCGUCCAACUACGGGUCGUGGCCGGUCAACUGGGCGCAGGGUUUCACGCCUGGCGCGGCCCUGCUGCUUGAGGAGCCCCGGGCAGGCCGGAAUGAUCUGGGAAGGCCAUGGUGGUGGUGCUCGUGGUGA